AGUACUUGUGAGGUACAGAAAUUUACUUUUGAAAAAAGUUUUACUGAGGUAGCUGAUUACAUUUCCUCUGUCUUUCUCUAGUCUGCUUUCAGUGUACAUAUAUUUUGGAGAAGCCCACCAUCUUUGUUUCCACUAUUCCUGUAGGAAACAAAGGUUACAAAUUAGAUCUCCUUAACAUCUUACUUGUUUUUCCCAGACAACGAGAUUACAAAGAGAGCAAAUAGAGACUUAGAUCUCAAAAAAUUCUCAAACUGUGCUCAGAUUUGCCAAGACACCAAAGUCUGCAAUCAGAAUUCAAUGAUUUCAAUAUGAACUUUCUCAUCAAAUUCUUCCAAAACCUGGGCUAUAGUAUGCACAUUAAUUUCAUUCAGUAGCUUUAUACACUUAUCAGUAGACAUCUGGGACAAAAGUACACUUUUUAGAAAAAAGUGCAACCUCUAAGCAAUUAAACGUUCCACUGGCGUACUAUAAAAAAUUACAUCAGUCAAAAGAGAUGAUAAAAAGGACAACUUGGACCUGGCUCACAGCAAGAAAAAAAAAAAUGUUCUGGCUGUCUGGUCUCUUUCUCUCAAAGGUGGUGUAGGGACCUGUUCAGGAGGUAGGAGGGGCUGUGGUAAGUCAAUACACUAGUCAUAAUAACACUUCAGCUGUAAAAUCCUCCACAGCACAGUUGCCUCCCUCUCGCCUCUUCAAUGCACAGAGUACAGAAUGCCCCCGAGGCUGUCGCUGACAGAGAUACCAAGACAGAGCGGUGAGAAAGGGGGUGGGCCAGGAAAUAGACCCUCAGUCGAAGCAGCAGGCUUGACUCGCUCAUUUAUACUGUCACACACUCAGGGAGCAGGACUGAGACUGGUCCUCAAUGUAACCCCAAUGUGCUGCAUGUGAACUACAGGUGCUCUGCAAUUACUGGACCAUCUGUGGAACUGAGAACAAAGACAGGACUAAUUUGGGAUGAAAUACUAGUGGAUUCCAACAGGAUUCUAACUAUCUUCAGCUGUUUGUGGAUGUGUCCAUAUGGUAUUACUCAAGUCAAACCAGAGGGAAGGACAUUGUGACUUGAAAUUCUGGAGUUAGUAGAACUUCUAACCUUGGGGCAAGAAUCCUGUGGGGUGGCCGGGGAAAAGGGCAAGAGGAAGGGGGAGGGGGAGAAGUGCUUGGGGUCUGGCUCCAGUCUCUGGGGAGAAAUGCCUUCAACAUGAGCUAACCCCCCCACAGAAUCUAGCACGCUUUGUUGAGGAAUGCCACAGAGAAGUGUUUGAUCGCUUGCCGUUUUGAACUGCCAACAGAAGAAAUGCAUUAAAGAGAUAUAUGUUCCCUUGAAGGCAAGAGUGUCUUGUGGUUUGAAGCUAUCCCGUCUGUUACCCAUUCUUUGUUUGCCCCUGUUGAAUCUUGAAUUGAGGGAAAUCCUCUUAUUGUGUUGCCUUUGCCUGACUGCCACCCCAUAGCGUCCCUUUGUUUCUGAGCGAGAUGUACAACACUACAUCUCUGAUGGACAGCUCAGCCCAGAAAUGGGGCACCAGCCUCAGCAACGGGGACAAUAAUUCUUCUCUGCAACUGAGCAACAUCACGCAUUGCCCAAAGAAUGACAUCUUCAAGUAUCCACUCUACAGUAUAGUGUUCAGCAUUGUCUUCAUGGUAGGUCUUAUCACCAAUGUUGCAGCCAUGUACAUUUUUACUUGUUCGCUGAAACUGCGGAAUGAGACCACAACGUAUAUGAUGAACCUGGUGGUAUCGGACUUGUUGUUUGUACUCACACUCCCCUUAAGGGUUUUUUACUUCAUACAGCAGAACUGGCCAUUUGGUAGCCUGCUCUGCCAGCUCUCUGUCUCACUCUUUUACACCAACAUGUAUGGGAGCAUCCUGUUCCUCACGUGCAUCAGCGUGGACCGCUUCCUCGCCAUCGUAUACCCCUUCCGUUCGAGGGGGCUUCGAACCAAACGGAAUGCCAAGAUUGUAUGUGCUGCUGUUUGGGUUUUGGUGCUCUCCGGGAGUCUUCCAACAGGCUUCAUGCUUAACAGCACUAACGUUCAGAACAACACCAUAUCUUGCUUUGAGAACUUCUCCUCGAAACAGUGGAAGAGCCAUCUGUCCAAGGUGGUGAUCUUUAUCGAGACAGUGGGGUUCCUGAUACCUCUGCUCCUAAAUGUGUUUUGCUCCGCUAUUGUGCUCCAAACUUUGCGGAGGCCACAGACUGUCGGUCGGGGAGGGAAGCUGAAUAAGACAAAGAUCUUGCGGAUGAUCAUCGUCCACCUCUCCAUCUUCUGCUUUUGUUUCAUCCCCUACAACGUCAACCUGGUCUUCUACUCGCUGGUGCGGACAAAGACCUUGAAGGGGUGCACAGUGGAGUCUGUGGUCCGGACAAUCUAUCCCAUUGCACUGUGCAUUGCUGUGUCCAACUGCUGUUUUGACCCCAUUGUCUACUACUUUACCUCAGAAACCAUACAAAACUCCAUCAAGAGGAAGUCCCAGAUGAACCGUUCCUUUGAUGCUAAGUUCUCUGAGGCCUUGCAGUCAGAGACGAGCUCCACCCUUCAGUUCAGCCUGAGGUCCAUUAAGAACAAGAUGUUCCACAAUGAGUCCAAUGUAUGAGAACUAGGAGAUGGAAGUAGUAUCGGACAAAUGGAUACUUGGCCCAAAUCCUAUCUUGGUCCAAUUCUCAAAUUAAUUACAUAAACUGAAUAUAAGGAAAGUACUAUCCAAAAGGCACUCUAUGGUGAGUGAAAUGUGGCAUAAAACAUGUGGAAUAUGCCCGAAUUGGGUUUGUUAGUAUCUCCCAGAGCAAAAGUAAACUAUGCCCUUUUAGAUGGAUUUAGCUCCCUCUUAAAGACAUACUUCAAGCCCAGCACUGUACGGCACACAUGUUCUCAAUGGAAUUAUAUACAAAGAUUUGGAUUUCUUACUAUGGAGUAAGAUUCAUGCAAAUAGAUCAACUGGAACUUGAUUAAAGUAGACCAGAACUUCUAACAAUAGGUGAAUGUACUUACAUUUCGAAAAUGGUAAGUGAAUGUGGAAAUAACAUACUAUAUUAUAACCACUAUUUAAUUAAACCCACAUUUAAAAUAGAUUUAUGCCCUGUAAAGCAUCUUUGCAAUGCCCAGUGACAAUGCAUUGUCUGCCUGAAGUGUCAUAGUAUUAACAAGCUGAAAACUUUUGUAGGCACUUUAUAUCAUACUGUAUAUUAACUUUGCACUGACAUAGAUACUGUUGUCAUAAUGCACUGUUUAGUUUUCUGUUACAAACUUCACUUGAAAAUAAAGUUUUGAAAUCAUAAUUA